AAUUUUAGUUAUUUAGUUUUAGUGAACUGUAAUAACCUUGCUCUGAAGGAUUUGAUUGGUUAAGUGGCGUCAGGUGCGAUGAGUGCUACUGUAAAGCAAAGAAAAACUAAUCUAACUUUAGAGCCAGUCUGCACUGAUGAUGAGUAUGAUGAUGAAUCAUCCACCUUUCCGUCACAGAGCAUCAUGGGAAUGUUUAUCUCAACACUAGUCAUGCAGCGUUGUCUUAUAUUUUAAAAAGUCCUGACCAAAUCUGUGCAGGGAUCUUUCUAUCGUCAGACCCCUAGAGUUACAGUCUGAGCCUGUCAGUGAUGAAAUUAACACCUCUGAGGGGAAACAUGUAGAUUUAUCAUCUGUUAUGUUGCUGCUACAGGAUGGAGAAAUCUUCUGAGACAUUCAGACACCUGCUGUGUUUGUCAUUCUGACCUUAAAUAUGGCUGUGAGCUUCAUUUUCAGUAUUUCUCUCCAGGUCCUGACUCAGAGUCUCAGGGUCAAAGGUUAGGGUGUUGGAGGGGGUUUAGGGGUAGUCCCUGGGGGGGAUUUCUACGUCUAAACUCCAACAACCAGGUGAGUCUGUUAUAUAACCAUGCUGUCCAGUGGGCCGGCCUGGCUCACUCUCCUCCUCGGGGCGGUUAAAGCCUCUUGGCUCGGCCUGCAGCGGCAGAACUCUACGACCAGGCAGGACACUCUGAUCUCAUUAGGAGGUUAUUUUAGAGCCUGGGUGCUUUUUCCUGCAGCACCUAAGAGGGUUAGAGAGUUCUGAGGUCUGCUUUCUGGCUGCAGACUCACUACAGGCUGGACGUGGGCCGGCUCCUCCUGCUGAAGCCUGCUGGCCUUGUCUGGAGGCUGAAGCGUUCUGGGACUAUUCGACGAACUCAGUACGCUGAGGAUCCUGCAGGUUUUCUGUUUUUUUUUUCUCCCUCAGCGUGAGGAGAAUCCGUCUCUCCGUGUUCUGUUGAGGUCUGGUUUCUGUUGCCGCCUCGGUGCUCCGGCCCGACUGCACCAAUGGGGAACCACGGCUCGAACCUGGACGACAUCCUGGCUGAGGAUAUGCACCACUGGUACAACAAGUUCAUGAGGGAGUCUCCGUCGGGGCUCAUCACGCUGUUCGAGCUGAAGGCCAUCCUCGGCCUGAAGGGCAUGACUGAGAACGCCAACAGCUACGUGGACCAGGUUUUCUUCACCUUCGACAUGGACGGGGAUGGCUACAUAGACUUUGUGGAGUACAUCGCUGCUGUCAGUCUGAUGCUGAAAGGAGAAAUCAACCAGAAACUAAAGUGGUACUUCAAACUGUUCGACCAGGACGGUAAUGGAAAGAUCGACAGGGAGGAACUGGAAACCAUCUUCUCGGCCAUCCAGGACAUCACACGGAACAGAGACAUCGACCCUGAGGAGAUCGUCUCGCUCAUAUUUGAGCGGAUUGAUGUGAAAGGAGAAGGUGAGAUGACCCUGGAGGAGUUCAUCGAGGGCGCAAAAGACCACGAGGACAUCAUGGACAUGCUGAAGAAAAUGAUGGACCUGACGCCAGUGUUAGUCAUCAUCGUGGAGGGCCGAGCAGGAUGAGAGUAAACUGAGACCACAAAGACUGACGGAAGCAGAAAUCCUCCAAUCCCCUAGUCAACCUGAAAUAGGACCAUAUCUUAACCAUCAGCCCCGUCAAACAAAAAGACAAAACUUUCUCCCUCCCCGUGAAAGUCUUUGGAGGCAUAUGAAGUUCUGCGGUCAGAGCGAGCAUGCAGGAACCAGCCGAUGUUGGGAAUGUAAAACUGAACUUUGCACCAUGAUCGGCCUCAGAGCGUUCGGCUGCUUCUUGUGGUAAAAAGUGAACUCAUUUUUGGCAAAGAGAACUUUGAAGACUGAUGGUUGUUUUUCCAGAUGCUUCUGACCAAAUCUACAAAUAUCCCCAACACAAAGAUCACAAUGAUUGUCCUAAACAAAAUCUUAAAUCCAGACGUUCCAGUGGAAAGACGCCGUACAGGGUCAACAGGCCUCUGGAGCUGGACGCUGGUUUAAAUGUUUGUGUUGCUGAAAUGUUCUUACCCAUGUCUAAUGUGGUGAAGCCAAAGACGUGUCAACCUUCUCCACACAAGGCUGACAACACACAAGAUGGUUUUAGGGCCAGAUUGCCUCAGCGGGACCAGAUUCAAGGCUUUUUGUCCAAAUGAUCCACCAGUGUGAUUAUUUUAGUGCUCAUAGAUCUGCUCGUAGGUUUGACAGCCUCUGAUGGAACGACAACUGUCCCCUCUUAGUCAGGAUUCUUUACCUUUAUCUAGAACUCACCAGAACAGCCAGCUGAACAUUUCAUUCAUCCUCCAUGUUUGUUUUUCUUCUGAAGUCACAUUUGAUCACACAAGUUUCUGUGAGAUCUGGAGCUGGCUAAAUCAGCGUAUGUGGUCUCACGGUCUGGUUUUAUCAUGGACUUAUUUGUUAAAACUGUCCUCAUGUCUGCGGUCUCCCAUGUUUUGUAAAACCGGCUCACAUUUGAGAACCGCCUGGUGUGUGGCAGCCUUUAUCACUUCUGAAAUAUCUCCACAGCAGCAGCUCUCCUCAGCCCCUAAACUACCACAGCAGUCGUCGAAUUCUUCUCUGGCUGAUGAUCACCUGACUUAUUGAUCAGAAACAACCUGGUUUCACUGGCCAUUGAUAAAAUGUGUUUUAUUUGACAUCUUCUUGCACAGCUGAUUCUGUUGAGAAGUUUCUUUAAUUGUCUACCGUCCCUGUCCCAGUUUAGGAGCGCAAAGGAGAAUCAAACUACAGUAUUUAAGGACAGAACAGGCCUAUGCUUUACUUUAAGCUUCUGGUUAAAUCAGAGGGCAGGCAGCAGUGUGGCUGCUGUGAUGUAGCGCUGCACAAACACAUAUGAUUGCAAUUAUACUGUUCAAUACUGCAACUGCAAUUACAGCCUAACCCUGGGGUGUCAAACUCAGUCACAGAUGGGGCCAAAUUCUGAAUUUGGGUCCAACCUGAGGGCUGAACAGGGUCCACAUUUAACCAUAAACUGUCAACCUCAUUUUCACCAGCAAUGAACUAUU